UAAAGGAAGAGUCAAGGUCGCUCCAGCUCAUCGUCAUAUACAAAGCAGAUCCUCUUAAGGGAGUUUUGUGAGAGAGAGAUCAGAAUUGAAAAGCAAUGGGGAAUCCAACACAAUCAACCUCCGUUGGGGUGAUAGAGGCUGUGGAGGAGAUCAUGAUGGCCUACAGGUCCCUGCCACCAAGGCCGUCCAUAGAGGAAGUUGAGGCAGCCAUAGCUGUGAUCAGGACAGCAGACAGUGAGCAGGAGCUCAGAGUUUGGGAGAUUGCCAAGACGCAGAGGCCCCCUGAUGUUCCGCAGAAGCUCUUCUCUUUGCUGCAGGAGGUCAAGAGGAACCUAGCCCUGUUGCAGAGCCAGCAGCAUAGGAGGGAGGCCAUGGCCUUGGUGGAGCUGGAUAAGAGCCUUCAAGUGUUUGAUGAAUUGAUUCAGAGAGUAUCUAAGACUGUCUCAGGAGAGGAAACCGAAGAGGAGGAGGAAGAGGAGAAGUGGAAGGAGGAAGUUAACGAUGGGAUUGGUAGAAGUUUGAGUUUGGUCGAAAAAUUGAAGGAUGAGAAGAAAGAGGAGGCGAAUUCUUUAUCAAAGCUUGAUGAUGCCUACUCAGUUAAUGGCGAUACAAAGCUAAGCCUCAUCCAAGUGGCAAGCUUAAUUGAAACUUCAGCUAAGAAAGGAGUUCGAGUCAUUGAUCUCCAAGGCAAGCUAAUGGACCAAAUUGAGUGGCUUCCAAACUCACUUGGAAAAUUACAAGAAGCCACUGAAUUGAAGAUAUCAGAGAACCGAAUCAUGGCUCUUCCAACGUCUAUUGGAAGCUUGAAAUGCGUAACAAAGCUUGACAUCCACUCCAAUCAACUCAUAAACCUACCUGAAUCAUUUGGAGAACUAUCCAAUCUGAUCGAUCUCGAUUUGCAUGCAAACCGCCUAAAAACUCUGCCUUCUACAUUUGGGAACCUUACAAAUCUAGUCAACCUCGAUCUGAGUUCUAACCAGUUCUAUGUUCUUCCCCACACAAUAGGGAACCUAACAAAUUUGAGAUGGUUGAACAUCGAGACAAAUGAACUUGAAGAGCUCCCUUACACUAUUGGAUCGUGUACUGCUCUCAUCGAGCUCAGGUUAGAUUUCAAUCAGCUAAAAGCAUUACCUGAAGCGAUCGGGAAACUCGAGUGCUUGGAAAUUCUUACACUGCACUACAAUAGAGUUAAAUCAUUGCCUAGUACUAUGUCUUCACUUUCUAAGCUUAAAGAACUCAAUGUCAGCUUCAAUGAGCUUGAGUCGAUCCCUGAGAGCCUUUGCUUGGUCAAAAGUCUAGUAAAGUUGGAUGUCGGAAGGAACUUUGCUGAUUUGAGAAUGUUGCCGAGAUCAAUCGGGAACCUAGAGAUGCUAGAAGAGUUGGACAUAAGCAGCAACCAAAUAAGAAUAUUGCCUGAUUCUUUCAGUCUUCUGGCGAAACUAAGAAUGUUCAAUGCAGAUGAAACUCCGUUGGAAAUGCCACCGAAAGAUGUUAUUAAAUUAGGAGCUCAGGCUGUUGUCCAGUACAUGGCCGAUUCAGUUAGAGCAAAGACUGAGGGUAGUCAACAGGCUGAGCCAAAGGAUUGUUUGUUUUGGUUGUGUUCAUUAUGUUCGACGAUAGAGGAAGAAUGACAAGCGAAGUAUACAAUUUGUUGCACUUUUGUUUGAUUUUUGCACAUUGCAAUCAUCUUUGAGUUUAAACUCUUGUUUGUUUGUAAGAGCCAAAAAUAAUGUA